ACACUACCGAUAACAAUGCCAAUUCUGUUCUCGCAAGAGCUGCCCAUCUACACACUACUAGUGCUGCUUGUUCUCCCCCUGUACUACUUGUACUCGAGGGCUAGUUGUAGAUCAAAUAACCCAGCAGUGCUCCCAACAAACUGGCCAAUACUGCACAUGCUCCCUUCCUUGGUGGCCAACCUCCAUAACUUGCAUGAUUAUUUCACCCUAGUCCUCGCUCGAUCAGGCCACAGUUUCAGAGCGCACGGCCCACCCGGGACCGGGAUGCGGUUGUUCGUCACACGCGAUCCUGCCAACGUCCGGCACAUCUUCACGACGAACUACACCAACUUCCCCAAGGGCGCAGAGUUUGCUGCAAUCUUCGACAUCAUGAGCGGCAGCAUCUUUACCAUCGACGGUGAGCCAGCUCGUCGGCAGCGCACGAAAAUCAAGAGCGUACUCAGCAGCCCGUGGUUGGUUGCUAGGAUGGAGGCUGGCUGCCGCGACAAGGUGGAGAACAGCCUCCUCCCGUUGUUUACGCACAUGGCCAGCACUGGCACCCCAUUCAACGUGCAAGAACUAAUGUCCAGGUUUAUGUUUGACAUGGCUACUAUACCUCUCUUUGGCGUGGACCCUGGUCUCCUGUCCUGGGACAUGCCGCCCAUGGAUGCCGCGGUUGCCAUGGACACGAUCAUGGAGGUGGCCUUCUUCCGAGUCAUGAUGCCGUCUUCUUGUUGGAAGUUAAUGAGGUGGCUAAAUAUUGGCACCGAGAGAAAGCUCCAAGUGGCACACAAGGUGCUAGGAGAGUUUGUCAGGGAGAUGUUGGAGAGGAGGAAGAUCAACACAUGCCGUCUUGGUAAUGCUGAGGAACAAGAGGGUGUGGAUAUUAGAUCUUGCUUCAUCAACGACCCAGACUACGCGGACGACGACUUGGCCCAUGCGAUGAUCAUUAGCUACAUGCUCGCUGCAAGGGACACAGUUGGAACGACCUUGACAUGGGUUUUCUACAACCUUGCGAAGAACCCUAGCAUCGUUUCAAUCAUCCGCAACGAACUCUCACCCAUUGCAUCACACAAAGUAGCGUCCGGUGCCGGUGCCAUGCUGAUCUUUGAGCCGGACGAGACCAAAUCUCUUGUCUAUCUAAGAGCGGUCUUGUACGAGACUCUCAGGUUGUACCCACCAGCACCUCUCGAGCGCAAGAUGGUGGCCGGCAAUGAUAUCAUGCCGAGUGGCCAUGAGGUGCACACCGGCGACACCAUCUUUAUUUCUCUCUAUUCCAUGGGGAGAAUGGAGGGUGUGUGGGGUAAUGACUGCCUCGACUAUAACCCAGAUAGGUGGAUCGUGAAUGAUGGCAACAACCUGAGGUACGUACCAUCUCACAAGUUCUUAGCCUUCAACUCAGGCCCAAGGAUGUGCCUCGGCAAGGACAUUGCAAUUAUGCAGAUGAAGACUAUCAUCGCCUCAACACUUUGGAACUUUGAUGUGCAGUUGAUGGAAGGGCAAAGCAUCCAGCCCAAGCCGUCUUGUAUACUGGAGAUGAAAAAUGGGCUCAUAGUUAAGCUGAACAAGCGAGUCAUUUAACAUUAGACUCUCCUUAUCUAUAACCAUACUUAUGGACACCAGUACGUACAGCUUUACGUCGCACAACCACAUUAUUAUCAAAUUAUAAGGGCACACAUAUAUCGCAUUUUAUCUUUCAUGUCAUCGAUAAUGUAUGUAUGUGAUGUUAUGAAUACAAUUAAUGUACGUAUGUAAAUGAUGAUAUGAAAUAGUGAA